ACGUCAUUUUGUACAUUAUGCUAAUUACCCAAAAUGGCCGCUGAACGAGUUCGUUGAUUUCAGCAACAUCAACACUUCGCGAAGGUUUUCCCCGCCAAACUUUGGAUUAUCCGCAGUGUUUGAUCCUCGUAUUAGCUUCAACGGACACAGAAGUGGCCUGGUUUGAUAUUCGCUGAAUUUUCCAAAAAUCGAAGUAAAGCUACAAGCGGCGUGAGAUGGACGUUCCUAUAGCAACGACAAGGUGAGAAGACCGUGACCGCGAUGAACGGGAACGGGGAGAAGGCGGAGAACGACCCGGUCGCGGACGGGCUGUACGACCAGUUCGUCCAGGCAUCGACCUUCCAGCAGAUCUUGAGAACUUUCCGAGAGCUGUGCGACCAUCUGGGCCUGAAGAACUCCGACUACCGCAACUUUUACAACAGACUGAAGGCCAAACUCCAGUCAUGGAAGGCACAGGCACUGUGGUCCAAAAUAGACAAGAGGGCAGCUCACAAGGACUAUCAACGAGGGAACGCCUGUCCCAAUACAAGGGUGUUGAUUAUAGGAGCAGGUCCAUGUGGUCUCAGGUCGGCUAUCGAGGUAGCCCUGCUGGGCUGUAAGGUGGUGGUGGUAGAGAAGAGAGACCGGUUCUCUCGUAACAAUGUUCUGCAUCUCUGGCCCUUCACUAUCCACGACCUCAAACAACUAGGAGCCAAGAAGUUCUACGGAAAAUUCUGUGCUGGCCAACUCGACCACAUAAGUAUAAGACAGCUGCAGUGUAUCCUGCUGAAGGUAGCCUUGCUGUUAGGAGUGGAACUGCACGAGAAUGUCGGCUUUGAGAGUAUCAUCCCCCCUCCCGCUGAACAGGAGCCUGAGGCGAUCGGCUGGACGGCAAAGUUCACUCCCAAGGCCCAUCCUGUGUCUGAGUAUGAGUUUGAUGUGCUGUUUGCAGCAGAUGGGAAAAGGAACACACUUGAAGGAUUUCCGAGGAAAGAGUUUCGCGGGAAACUUGCCAUCGCCAUCACCGCAAACUUCAUCAACCGCCACACGCGGCAGGAGGCACGAGUGGAGGAGAUCAGCGGAGUAGCCUUCAUCUUCAACCAGAAGUUCUUCCAAGAUCUGAAAGAAAGUACAGGAAUUGACCUGGAGAACAUUGUGUACUACAAGGACGACACCCACUACUUUGUCAUGACAGCAAAGAAACAAAGUCUUCUGAAGAAGGGCGUCAUCUUAUGUGACUAUGAUGAAACGGAAAUGCUUCUGUCCCGUGAGAACGUGAACCAGGAAGCCCUGAUGGCGUACGCUCGAGAAGCCGCCGACUUUUCCACCAAUCAGCAGCUCCCACGGCUGGACUACGCGUUCAACCACUACGGGCAGCCCGACGUGGCCAUGUUUGAUUUCACGUCUAUGUACGCAGCAGAAAAUGCCAGCAGGAUAGUGGAGAAGAAUGGACACAGACUCUUACAGUGUUUGGUGGGAGACAGUCUGCUGGAGCCUUUCUGGCCCAUGGGUACGGGCUGUGCCCGCGGGUUCCUGGGUGCAUUUGACUCGGCGUGGAUGACGAAACAGCUCGCCUCGGGCCAGCUGUCUCCGCUGGAGGUCCUGGCUGAGAGGGAGAGCAUCUACAAACUCCUGGCACAGACCACACCUGCAAACCUGCACAAGAACGUCACUCUGUACAGUAUUGACCCCAACACCAGGUACCCUAACCUGAACUUCACCUGGCUGCCGAAGCACAUUAUACGCCACCUGUACACGACAGACAAACCCGUCAAGGACGAGCCUUACAUCAUCGACAAGCCCAGGAUUGCUGCACCAAGUCUGCAGAGAAGUGCAUCUGUGGUGAGACCCAACAAGCUGUUGGACUGGUCCAAACGGCAGACGGAGGGGUACAAGCAUGUCAGGGUAGAAAAUCUCACCACCUCCUGGAGAAGUGGUAUGGCCCUGUGUGCCAUCAUCCACAGAUACAAACCUGAGCUUAUUGACUACGACUCACUCAAUCCAGAAGACGUUGCCAAAAACAACCAGCUUGCCUUUGACCUAGCGGAGAAGGAGCUGGGUAUCCCACCGGAGUUGACUGGAGUGGAGAUGGCCAUCAAGGAGGUGCCAGACAAACUCCGCAUGGUCUCCUACCUGUCUCAGUUUUAUGAGAUGUUUAAGGACACCAUUCCCCCAGAUUUGGCGACCAAGUCUACCAAGCCUGACACCCUGGAGCUGCCUGACACAGAGAAUGUCCCCCCUCCCACCGUCCGCUCCCCGGUCCAGAGAAUGUCUCUCCUCAGUAAACUGGGACAGAGUCUCAGCAGGAAGAGAACUCCCAAGGAGAAAGCAGAAGAGAAGGAAAGCUCUGCCAAGAGAAGAAAAGGUGGUGGUCUGUUUGGACUGUCCAAGAGACAUAAGGACAAGGAUAUGACUGACUCCGUCCCACCAAUGGAAGAAGAACCGGAGGUCCUGAAGGCUAACGGUGAUGUCCCCAGCAGUUAUAACAUCUCAGCACACGCCACGGACCGCAUCAGCUCUAUGGCUGAACAACUCAUGGCCAAGUUUGAAGGGAAGGACCCGCGACAAGUGCCUAACAGUUCUCCCUUGCUCAGGCCGAAAUCGCGUGGGUUCAUAAGUCUUCAGGCUGCAAGUGACUGGUGUUUCUUCUGCGACAAGCGUGUGUACGUGAUGGAGCGACUGAGCGCAGAGGGGCUGUUCUUCCACCGCAGCUGCUUCAAGUGUGACUACUGCGGCUGUAUCCUCCGUCUGGGGAACUACGCAUUCGCAGCCGGCGAGGGAGUCAACGGGAAAGAUAAUAAUGACGGUGAUAAGGGUAAAAAAGGUACAUUCUACUGCAGACCUCACUUCAGGAUGCAGAAGAGAAAACGGCCAGCAGGAGAUGAUGACGAGGAUGAAGAAGAAAAGGAGAACAUCCCAGCAGAGGUUGAGGAGCCAGCCAGAAGAGCCAGUCUGGAGGACAAACUACUCAGUCCACCUUCUGGACAGCCUGUACAGAAGCGUUACCGUGCCACCCCUGAGCGCGUGGAACUGGAGAACUACAGGAAGACGAUCUACGAGACGCAGGGUCUGAUCCCGGAGGAGACGCUAACGGAACACAACCUCAUCCAGACUGUCGGGCUGGAGGACGAGGAAGACUACGAGAGCUCCAGCUCAUCAGAUGAGAUGGAUUUUGAAGAGGAGUCUCCCAUGGAUGUGAUGUCCUGGGCUAAGAAGGUGGAGAACGCUGCCUCACUAGGGAAGUCCAACCUCCUACACAUGGACAGUAAAGACCCUUCUCUGGAUGCAGUUAGAACUCCCAAAGUACAGUUGAUGAGAGGACUUGUCUGUACGUCAAACUGUGUCGUUCUGUGUGUAGCACGGAGAAGGCUAAACCGCCUGUCCCAGUGCGUUCCUAUCGAAAACGUUGAGGAUCUGGUCUGGCUCGAACCGUCGCCAUACCGUACCCGCUCGUCUGACUCGGAAUAUGACAGCGGGAGUGAUUUGGAAGCACCCCCGCAGGAGGAAGUGUAUGAGUCCUCUGAGGAUGAAGGUCCGCCCCAGUGGCAGGAACCUCUGCACAUUUCCACUACAGAAGAAGAGCAUGAGUCCAGUGAUGAGGAUGACAUCAGUCCUGUGGAGACACGCCCUUCAGAACUCCUGUGGAGGGUGGUAGAUUUUCCUUACCUCCCAGAAAAACCUCAGGGUGCUGUAGGAGGAGCCGCAGCAUCUGAAGAUGAGGAAGAAGAAGAAGAUGAGGAAGAAGAGGAGGAGGAGGAGGAGGAAGAAGAGGGCUCUGAGGAAGAAGAAGGAGAAUCCUCAGAAGAAGAGGAAGAUGAAGAUGAAGAGGACCAGCUGAGUGAUGUGAGUGAAGGGGAGGUGCUGGACUGGCAGCAACCUCAGGCUGACGAGGUCCAGAGAUAUACUAGCACUGCCAGGUGGGUCCUCAGUACCCCCCCACAGUCACCUCCUCCAGCUGAACUCAGCAGAGACAGGCCCAAAAUAACGCUAACUGGUCCUGAAAACGAGCCCCUCAGUCCUAACGAAGAAAAGACACCCGAAAAACCCACUGACUUGUACUCCAAGUUGUUUGGCGGGAAGGACCAAAAGAAAAUGAAGAGUCCCAUCGGUGCCUUCCUGAAGAUUGAUGAGGAAGAAGGUUACGCUGUAAGGCAGGAGCCCCCUGGGAGCCCCAAAAUGGCCAGCAGCCCCAAAACCAGCCCCAAGAGAGUCAGAAGCCCCAAACUGGGCAGGAAGAGGGAAGAGAAGAAGGAGGAAGUAAAGUGGCAGCAGGAGCACCAGAGACUGAAGAACUCCCGCGAGAACCUGCUGAGGUCCAUCUUCGAGUAUGACCCAACAACCUCGGCAACAGGCCCUAGAAACUCGGAGAAAGUGAACAUUGAAUGCAAUUCCGAGGACUUGUAUAGGAGGCUGUUUGGUAAGGACAAACUUGAACUAUCUGACGAGGAGUCAGCAGAGGACGUAGAGGAGCAGCAGGUCUCGGAACCAUCCACGCCAUCCCCAGAACGACCAACCGUACCAGAACACGAGGAAAUCGUCAGAACACCUGAACAUCCAAAACGUGCAGAUCUUGAGGGGUCAUUCGAUGCGAAGAAAUAUCUCACCCCGGACGGUCAGAUGCCACAGCGCUCCCGCGGACUGAAAGCUCUGGCUCUGAUGGGGGAGAAGUUUUCUCAUUUUGACAGUGAACCCGCAACCCCCACGAGACCCUCGGAGGAUGCCAGCAGGAAUUAUGUCAGUGAGGGAGAGGCACAUGGAGCAAGAAGGCUGUAUGCUAAUGAGCCAAGGAUGGAUAUUUUAGGGGUAGAACAGGGUGAGUCAAAUGACUGGGUGGACGGUGGGUCACCCCAGAGGAGGUAUCCAUACACAGACAGGGAACUCAAGUUGAAUCUGAAAGGAGUUGAAACAGGUGAAUCAAAUGAUUAUGUAGAAGUAGUCCCUACUGAGGUUCAUGGUGUUGAGUAUCUCUCAGAAACAUCCUCUGAAGAAGAGGGUCUGGAAGAAGGCAAGCUGGUGCAUGCAGACUCUGUCGAGAACCUUCGCAAGAAAAAGACACCAGAGACAAAGAAGAGCCCAAGAACUGCCAGAAGGAAUAGACUAAGAAAGGACAACAAGAGCCCAAGAGUUCAAACCACGCCACCCCCACCUCAAGAAGAGAAGGAUGACCUGGUCAGGACAUAUGAAGAAGCUCUCGCCAGGAGAGAAGAAGAAGGGCCACAGGAAGAACAAGAAGUUGUUUCUCCUUCGAAGGAGUACAGGAAGAAGAAGCCCAUUGUUCUGGAGUUAACAGACUCUGCGGAAGACGACAUCCAAAUGUAUGAAGAAAGACUCGCAAGAAUGGAGAACGAAAAUGAAGAGAAGGAAGAUGAGGAACUGGAGAGGUAUGAAGACAAGUUGAGGAAACUUGCAGCCGAACCCUCUCCUAUCCCCUCCCCCUCCCCUCUUCCUUCUCCUGCUGCAUCUCCAGUUUCGUCUCCUUCCCCCCUCCCAUCUCCAGUUGAGUCGCCCAUGGACAUAAAGAGAAUAGAGGACAUGUUGGACCAACGGCCCAUCUCCGUUCUGGACGACAACGAAGAUGAAAUGGUGAAAACCUACGAGCGGCAGCUCUCGCAGAUGGAGACAGAGGAAGAAGUCAAAGAAGUCAAACGCAAACUCGAACCCCUGAAGGACAGAGAAAGUAGGGUGCGGUCCCUACCUAGGUCGGAAUCGGACUUCACUAUCUCUACACCCAGUCAGUCGUUAGCUUCAUCACCAACCUCCUCUGUAGAGAUGGAGAUGGAACCACUUCCUGUGUUGAAGGAGGAAAGAGAAGCAGCUGAAUCUAACAAAGUUGACAGCAUGAACAAAGAGCUGGAGAAAGGGUUUCAGGAGAUACAUGAUUCUCUCAUGGACUCACCAACAAAGGGAGCCAAGGGGAACAGACUGGAAAGUACGUCCAGUGACUUGCCUAUGGUUACACCACCCUCGACGCCGUAUGGAAAGGAGCUGUCCUACCUACGGUCGCCGACUGCAGCGGAACAGAAGCAUGUGUACGACAGGACUUCCACUGGAGCGAAGGUCGAGAAGUCGACUCAACUGUCUGUGGACAGUGGCAGCAUCGAAGACAUUCCAUUUGUCGAUGAUGGCGAGAUCGAAAUCGAGGUCGCAAAAGGGUUUAACGACUCACGUGAAGAGUUCUACACGCCUCCUACGACGCAGAAGCCAAGAAGACCGCUACCGACCCUCCCGAAGGACGUCGGAGCAUCACCGGUUAAAGUCAGCAGGCCACUUCCUCCAAGGCCUCAAACCGAGCCGGCAGAUGAAUCCAAGAAGAAAGUGGCGACUGCGUUGGAGAAGGCGCAAACCAUUCGACAAAACCUUGAGAAACUCAAGAUGGAUGGCGAGAUGCUGCUGACCAAACUGCAGUCCAAGAAGUCACCAAAGGAAGCUGCAGCAGAACGGCAAGCAAAGUACAAAGUAGACGAGAAGCCAGCUGAAACUAAACCUACAGAACGAAAAGAAGAUAAAACAAGAAGAACAAGCGACGUCAAACCUGGCCGGGCUAGACUCUCAGAGAUGGCCAGCAAGGUUGACACAAGAAUAAAGAAAGACGGUGUCACAAAAGCAAAGAAAGAAGAGGCCAAACCUACUCCCAGCAAACCAGAAAAGACCACACGCAAACUGCCUUCUGAGGAAAUCGUAGGAAGAGCUAGACUCGCAUCCUCGGAAAGUCUCUCAAGUAGGAAAUCUUCCUCGGAAAGUAUUAGUUCUUUAGGCGAAACAUCAAAAGAUAGGGAUACGAAAAUUAGCAAGGCACAGUCCGGUAGAAAGGUAUCCACAAGUAGUGCUAGUUCCAGAGAGGGUGGCAAAACACCUCAAUCAGAAGAGAAGGCCAAGACUGAGAAGAAGACUGGCUUUAGGUUACCGCUAAGAGGGAAGGAGAAGAAGCCAAGUACCAAGACGUCUCCGACGUCUAGUGAUCCUCUUGUCUCUCCGGCCGCCAGUAAACCUCCCAUGGGUCCGAGCGCUGCCAAGAAAACUGUGCCAAAGGCUGAAGUAAAGAGCAGACCGUCAACAGGUUCCAAACUAGCAAAAACCGCCGCCAAAGAAAGCCAGGAUGCGGUCGGUAGAAGACUGAGUAGAGAGAACGGUAGCACAGCUCCUGUCAAACCCAGGCCAACCAAGACUAGUGCCAGCCGAGAAAAACUCGCCGAAGGAAAGAAACCCCCUCUUAAGGAAAGAUCUCCCAGCAAAGAAAAACUUCUUGACACCACUGAUAGUGCAAAGACAAAACUCGCAGGAAAAGAGGGCAAGGCACUGAGAAAAUCCACCAGCAAAGAAAGACUGUUAGACACAAAAUCAAAGGUCUCUAGACCAAGGAGUGAAAGUAAGGACUCGAAAGACUCAGUGGACUCUCGCCCGAGAAGUGAAAGUCGAGACAGUAAAGGAAGUGUCAGUUCUCAAGAGGGGAAGAAAGAUAAGAAGAAGGAGAAGACAAAGUCACCAAAGGAGUCUCCAGCAUCCAGACUACUCAAGGCACUCACACCUGGCAAGACUAAGUCAAGGACCUCGAAAGGUGACACAUUGGAGAUGUCGGCAGUCACAUCGCCUGAAGAAAGCAAACCUAAGAAAGUCAAGGCAGACAAGAAAGAGAAGAAGGCGGAGAAGGGCAAGAGAAGGAGCGAGCCUAAAGACAUCAAGCCAAGUACAGGUGUGGCCUCACCUGAAAUAAGGGUGAAUGGGGAGGUAGUAGAUGACAAAGACCAGGUGACAGUCUCCACGUCUCCUGACUCCUUCGACAAGACCUUUCCCUUCGUCACCUACAGGAAACAGAAGGGCCCACUGCCAGACUCAGAACCAGAGGUUACCCCUAGCAGGUCAUCCAGAGGUCGAGUUCCAACUCGCAAGACCAGAAGAACCCAGGCUGAAAUGCUUGGAGAGUCCACAGACUCUUGUGAAGACCUUCUCUUUGUUACCAGGGACAAGAUGCCAAGCAGGACUCUCAAGGAAUUUGAGGAUCGUAAGGCUCUCCACGAGGAGGAGCUGAACGACAAGAUCACGAAGCGCGUGCAGCGAGCGGCGCGGCGGCAGGCCCGUCAGGAGGAGCUGAAGCGGCUGCGGCGUGCGCAGGUGAUCCAGAGACAGCUGCAGGAGGUGGAGGUGAAACAGCGGGAACUGGAGACACGAGGGGUGCAGCUGGAGAAGGCUCUCAGGGGGGAGUCAGGAGAAGACCAGGAUGAGGCCAAACUGAUGCAGGAGUGGUUCCAGCUGGUUCAGGAGAAGAAUGCGCUCGUCAGAUAUGAGUCUGAGCUCAUGGUGUAUGGUAAAGAGCUUGAGCUGGAAGACAGACAAGGGCGACUACAGCAGGAGCUCAGAGAGAGGAUGGCAAUCGAUGACUCUAAGAAAACUCCUGAGGAGCUUGCUGAGGAGAAGAGGAUCCUGGAUGAGAUGUUGGAGGUUGUGGAACAGAGAGAUGCUCUGGUGGCCAUGUUGGAGGAGGAGAGACUAAGGGAGAAGGAGGAAGACAAGGAUCUUGAGUCUGUGAUGCUGUCCAAAGGCCUUCAGUACCGGGAGUGGAGGAACAGUGCCAUCCAGACUGCCAAGUUCUGAUCCUCCUCAACUGUGCAUUAUGUACCUGGACCUCAUGUCUAACUCCUCUAUGGAUGGGGAUAUGUACAGCGGAAUAGGGCUUAGGUCACAUGCCCCACCCAUGUUAAAUAGUGAAAUUUCCGCGAAUACUGUCGUUGGACAUACCCACCUACAUGUAGUAAAAGAUAGCUUUGUAUGCGUAAUUUGUGACCACAGUUUCUGCCAUGGUGGUCUCGUUAUAUAAAACAUACCUUAACUGAAGACUGCUUCAUCUGUUUUACUCAACUCAGUGGUUAAAAGCUUAAUAGGCUAGUCUACAAGAAAUAUCAGUUGAAUCUGACAUGACAUGCCCUUGCCUAUACAUUAGCACAUGUCAUACACAUAGGUGCUAGUUUUAAUGCCUGUAUACAGUAUAUACCUGGAUAUACCAGGUACAUUUGACAUCUGACAAGGUACACAGUUAUUUCCGGGAAUGUCUUGUAUAAGUUCAAAACAUUCUAGUAAGAUUGAAAUCUUUCCUUGACUAUUAUUUCAUAUCAGCAGCAUGCCAAACAUAUUCUUCAAAUAUGACUAGUAUCAUUGUUUAUACGCAUUGUAUAUGUUUCUCUGUGCCAGCAUUACGUAAUGAAAUGUAUUGCACUACAGUACUAGGAAACAGUUUUGUACAUGUAGACCUAAAUGAUAAACUACUGUCUUUUCUUUAACUCUAUUUCUUAUCAGGAAUAGAAAGUGUAGAAAAUGUAAGCAGCGUAUUUUUGUCCCCUCAUAGGGGAUGACUAAAUGUAAGUAUAGGUAGCUUUUUUCAAUGUGCAAGGAACACUCAACACAAGAAAUGUGCAAACCAUUUUGCCAAAUGUCAAUUUUGUACAGUUUUCGAGUAAAAUGCUUGCAUCUUUGAAAAAUUCCGGGAAGUUAUAAAACUGCCAAAAUUGUAUUUCCUGUUGCUGUCUUUCCUACUUUGCUGCCUUGCUGUUGCAUGUGACUUGUGCUGUAUUUGUUGUAAUAGAAAAGCUUUUCUGUGAAUUGUGCAAAAACAGCAACACUGUAAGACUAUAGGGCUACAAUUCACUAGUCUGUUCACAUAGCUGUAGCCUUUUCUGCUCUCAUCGAAAUGUUAAACAUACACUGUACCAGACAAAAACACAGACUUAAGAGUAAGAGUUGACAUACAUUGAACCACUAAAUAGUUUUGACGGAGAAGCAGGAUUGGUCUAUUACUGUACACUAGAUGAAAUUUUCAUGACUUAAAAAAACAGGUACUAGUACCUGCUGAUUUGCUACAGGCACUAUAUAUAUUGUUAAGCUUCAAUGAACAAAGCCAUAUUACAUUGUUCAACUCUUUGAAACAUUUCUUUGGCAGAACAGCUUUCCUUGUCAAGAGGUAAUGAUUUUGUUGCUACUAGUGAUUGAAAAAAAUGUUGGUGUAGAUUUGCUAAGAACGAGUGAUUUUGUAUAAAUCAUGGAGGUUGCGAAGUUUAUUGUAGAUGACACAGUUCAGAAAAAGUCUCAUAUUGCCAGACAUGACAGGAAAAAUGUAACUAUGAAUUGUUUUGAUAAGAUAUGAUACUUGAUAGUGACUACAAUGGUGUCAGUGUAUAGUAUGUUGUUAGUAUAGUAUACAAUCCUCAACUCUAUCUGUGUAUAUUGGUACAAGUAAAAGAAAGGUAUCACAGAAACGCAACUGCUCUUUUUGGGAGAUGUUUUUUUCUUGCAGAAGGCUAGUAUUGUCAUCUUUGGAGAUGAACAAAAUCUUCUUUAAUUGAAACCACUGCUGCGGAAUUUAGUUUAGAGAGUUUAAACGAGCCUAAUUGCUCAAUAGACUUUACUACUCUCUGUCACAAUGUUGAAAAGUAUUGUCAAUGUAACAAUUAUAGAAACCAUUGAGGCAAAUUUGCCAUUGUUGAUUAAUUAAGAUGCAAAGAGCUGUAGACACACAAGUAGUAGAUUGUUAGAGAAAUGUAAGUACAAUCCAACUUGUGAUAGAAUUGUUCCUGUACAUGUUUGAAUGUAACUGUACAUGUUUAACUCUGCUCAAUGUUAACUCUUUUGCUGCCAAUCAAAGUUUUUCUUGCUUUGCAUACAAUGUAAGUGUGAAGUGUGGAUGUGGGAAUGUGUUCAAAGUGUAUGUAUUUAUUAUCGACAAUGUCUGAUAAAAUGUUGUAUAGCAGAGAGUAUGUACGUUAGCACAUGAGUGAAGGGUCUCUAGUGUCUUCCAAUUUUGCUACUUCUGACAUGUAUACAAUUUGUUGUAUUCGUAAUAAAACGAGCCUUGCUAUGCACAUUGUUUUCUA